AGUAUUUUACAUCCUAAUGACGGCUGAUUUUUAGACUAUUCCACGAAAGUUCAUUAGACGGCUGAUUAUUAGACUAAUGCGAAAGGCCUGCUGCUUGUGUCUCUCUGCGAUCGAGUCAAGAAAACCCGGAAUUCUGCUAUAAAAGGUAUUACCUAUUUUAGGUCAUCAUUGGCAUCCAAGAUGUCUGGAGCUUCCAGAAGAAGCAUGGGAGGAUUCAUGAAUACAUCGCAAUCCUCCCAUUCUCGUCCAUUUAACACUCCAACCACUGGAGUUAUUGCACCCGGUGGUAAAUCAAGCAGUCCUGCCAAAGGGGGUUCUCAUGACUCCCGCAUCCCGAAGCCACCCAAACCACCUGACAAGCCCCUGAUGCCUUACAUGAGGUACAGCCGCAGCGUGUGGGAGAAAGUGAAGAAUGACAACCAGGAUUUGAAGCUGUGGGAGAUCGGAAAGAUCAUUGGUCAGAUGUGGAGAGACCUAGCUGAAGAGGGCAAGCAGGUUUUCACAGAAGAAUAUGAAACAGAAAAGGAGGAGUACAACAGAGCGCUGAAGUCCUAUCACAACUCACCAGCUUAUCAGGCGUGGAUGGUGGCUAAAGGAAAAGCUCAGCAGGCCAUAGAACAGGAGUCUGAGAUGGAUGGUGCUAUCAAAUCAGAACCAAGAAUGAGCAUGCAAGCUGCUGAGGAUGAUGAUGAUCAAGAGGAUGGCUAUUCUGUAAAGCAUAUUGCAGCAGCUCGCUUCCAGCGUAACCAUAGAUUAAUCAAUGAGAUCUUCAGUGAUGCUGUGGUACCUGACCCUAGGACUGUCGUUACUGACCAACGCAUGCAGAUCUUGAAGAGACAGGUCCAAUCUCUCAAAGUACAUCAGAAGAAGCUGGAAGCCGAGUUGCAACUUAUUGAAGAAAAGUACCAGGGCAAGAAACGAAAGUUUGUUGAGUGCAGUGAGAACUUCACUGCUGAGAUGAAAAAGCUGUGUGCAGAGAAGGUUGAGAUCAAAUGGGAUGAGCUGAUGUUCCCAGACUAUUCACAGUCUUGGGCUUCUGGUCAAAGGCCUGUAUUGGCAGCCAAGUUUCUCUCACAUGCUGCUGCACAACCAGUCAUGGCUUCUCAGGUUCAAGCAGUACCUAUGCCAAACACCCAAGUCUUGCGCAGACCUCCCAGUGAUGUACCAGGCAUCAAACCAGUCCAGGAGAGCCAGCAGGAUGUAGGUCCAAUGCCUCCUCAGCGUGUGGAACCUGCUGUAGAACAGGCUGCAAAGGCCAGCUCCUACUCGUCCUCCUCAUCGCAGAAGAAAGAUUCACCUCGUAAGCCUAAGAAGUUCCAGGGUCACCUUGAUGCAUUACUUCAGUCACCAGAAGAGAGCCAGUCAAGCCAGGAUGAAACGGAGGAAGAGAAAGAAACACCUGAUGCUGCAGUGGAAAAGCCUAAGGAGGGAGGAACACCAACAGAAGAAACAGCCAAGGAUGUGGUUCAGGAAGGGACAGACUUGAUGGAAAUAAGUAGUGAAGAGGGACCGAAGGUAGAGGAUGAGAAAGCUGGAUCAGAAGUAAAAGCUAAGGAUGAUGUAUCAAAAGAAGAGAGAAGCAAGAAUGAAAGCCAGAAGGAAUGAUUUUUCAAGGCUUACUAAGGUGGAUGAUAUUUAGGAGGAAGUUAUAGACAAAGGCUGUUAGGAUGAAACCCGUUGUACCAUGUCUGACACGUUUUGUUAGUAAUGGGAUUGUAGAAUAGUGACAAGGACAAGAAGGAUGAUAUUUUCUCUUUUGUUUGUUAAUGUGUACUUGUUACCAAGGACUUAAAACCAAAUUUGCCUGUGUUUAUUCAUAAGGUGGCCAUUCCAGAAUUCAUCAUUAUCAUGUGAUUUGUUGAGCACAAACCCCAUUAAAAAGCAAUGUAUGUUGAGUCUGGUGUCUGAGAACCAGAAUUUCUUUCUUAUAUUUUUCUGAACUCUCAGACAAAUUUGUAUUCCAUUUUUGUUAGCAUAUUAAAACUGUUAAACUGCAUUUGAAUUUGUUUAAACAUUUGGUGGUUAUGUGGUCAAUCCACAAUGUGUUUAUGUUGUUAUUUGUAUUUUGGGGGUCUUUAUGUUUCUCUUUUUGUUUUCAUCUUGGGAAUACUUUGUUUAGCCAGUCAGCUAUCAAAUAAUUAGUGGCAACUGUUGUCAGCUGACUGCAAAUUAAAUCAUCACAUGUUUCCGACUUGUAAGUACAUUGUAUGACUACAAAACAUUUUACUUCAUAUAAUAUGACAACUUAUCACAUCCAAAGCUAAC